AUGACAUCACCGCCACCACCCUCAGAGCAGCAGCACAAGCACGCCUGUUCGCUCUGUGCUCGUCGCAAGGUCAAAUGCGAUAAAGGCGACCCCUGUUCCAACUGCCUCAAGGCGCAAGCUGAUUGCUUGUAUGAGGCACCUGCUCCACCUCGGCCUCGGAAGAGGGCCGCUGAUGAAGACCUGCUCGCCCGGCUGGCGCUGUAUGAAGAUCUGAUGCGGAAGCACGAGAUCGAUUUUACCCGCUAUUCCAAUACCUGGGUUCCCUCUGGGCUAGAGGCGAAGCUGGGAGAGAGCGAUGGCCAAGUUCCAGUGCCCAUGUCUGCAACGAGUCCCCAAGCCAAAGACUAUUCUUCAGAUACCAAUGCGUCAAAUGUGGAGCGACUGACACAACUACACCAACUCAAGUACCCUCUCAUGCACAGCUUGCCUCACAGAGAUGAACCCUGCUUGCAUUCUACGCUGCCGUUUCAGCUCAGCUCUGCCGGUACUGAACCUCAGCUCCACGAGUUGCACCCAGAACCCAGACAGAUUUACCAGCUGUGGCAGAUUUUUGUGGAAAGCGUCAAUCCACUGUCAAAGAUCGUCCACGUACCGACUCUGCAGCAGCGCAUCUUGAACGCAAGUUGGGACCUUUCCAAUGUCUCAAAGCCCCUCACAGCAAUCAUGUUCGCAAUAUACACCCUAUCUGUCACUUCCAUGCCCUCGGCCGACUGCCAGGAAUGCUUCGGCGAGACCAGGGGCACUUUGUUGGCCCGCUACCGAGCUGCGACUGCCCGGGCCCUUAUCGAAGCCGGAUUCCUUACUACGAGGGAACUUGACGUUCUCCAAGCAUUUUUCCUAUUUCUUCUCGCAGAUACGGAGUCCGAGUUGACAUCGACUUUAACUGGCGCCGCCAUAAGGCUGGGCCAAAAGAUGGGCCUGCAUAGAGAGAAUAGUGACAUCAAGAUCUCGUUCUUCGAGAAGGAAAUGCGCAUCCGUCUCUGGUGGCAAAUGUGCGGCCUCGACGCUCGGCUUCGCGCUGUCUCAACUCCGGGGCUUGACCCGCUAUCCGAGCUUGGAGACGUUCGCAUGCCACUCAAUGUCAACGACGCAGAUUUGCAUCCAGAUAUGAUCGAGUCUCCUGUCGAGCACAAAGGUCCGACCGAGAUGAUGUGCGUCUUGAUGAAGUUCGAAGUGCCCAACUGGCGUCGAUCCUCGCCUACAGCUUCCAAAGUCUUUGAGAAUCUCUUCAGGGGCCAUGCGAGAACCAAGAUAUCGAUGGAACUGGAAGAUCAAGCCAUCAAUGAACUCGAGGCCAUCUACCAGGAGAAGUACUUUUCCAACUGGGACAAACGCAUACCCCUGCAUAGCCUCACGCACACGAUGGCGAACCUGGCCGUUUCUCGCAUGCGGUUCAAGCUUCACCAUCCACGGGGCCGAGCUGUCAGCGGUGGCGAGAUACAUAUGACGAGUCAGGAAAGCCAAAUAGUCUUCGACUCGGCCGUGACCUCGUUAGAGAUGGUGAGCAUUGGAAUUCGCAGCAAGUUUUCCUCACAACUAUUCACCCAUCUGACUUCCAACUUCCUGAUGGACGCCUACAUCUACGUCAUUAGCGACCUGCGACGGCGGUGUUCUGGAGAACGGGUUUCUCUCGCCUGGACUCUCGUUGAGGAUCUUUACAACGAUCACCCUGAGAUAAUUUCCGAUGACGAAAAUACUUUCUUUACUGCUCUCAAUGAUUUGACCUUGGAGGCUUGGGAGGCGCGCAGAAAGGAGCUCGUUUGCGGUCAAGGUGUUCGCGAAUCUAACGUCACGCCGCAAUUCAUCCAGUUGCUACGGGAUAAGAAGCAGAACAAACAUAAAGAAAGCGACCAGAUGCACUCUGUCUUGGACCCCUACAACCAAAUUCCCUGUGUAACGGAUGAUGGCGAUUUGUAUUGGGAGUAUUGUACCGACUUCUUACGAUUCUGA